GCGCGGCACGGCGGCGGCAGCCCGGGGGACCGCACCUCCCCCGGCCCCUCCGUCACCUCCAUCCUCCCGCGCGCUCCGGCUCCUGCCCCCGCCCGCUGGAAUCCUAUUCGGGAAUUGUUUAAAUUUUGUAAAAAGGGAGUUAGAGGACGCGGAGCUCUGGAGGCGCGGGGGACUCAGUGUGGUGUAAAGGAGAUCUGCAGCCAUGGAUGUGUUCAUGAAAGGACUUUCAAAGGCCAAGGAGGGAGUUGUGGCUGCUGCUGAAAAAACCAAGCAGGGUGUGGCCGAAGCAGCGGGGAAGACAAAAGAGGGUGUUCUCUACGUAGGCUCUAAAACCAAGGAGGGAGUGGUUCAUGGUGUGACUACAGUGGCUGAGAAGACCAAAGAACAAGUGACAAAUGUUGGAGGGGCAGUGGUGACAGGUGUGACGGCUGUGGCGCAGAAGACUGUGGAGGGAGCUGGGAACAUUGCAGCUGCCACUGGCUUUGUCAAGAAGGAUCAGCUGGGCAAGAGUGAAGAAGGAUCCCCCCAGGAAGGAAUUCUGGAAGACAUGCCUGUGGAUCCUGACAGUGAGGCCUAUGAAAUGCCUUCUGAGGAAGGCUAUCAAGACUAUGAACCUGAAGCUUAAGAAAUACCUUGGCUUCCAGUUUCUUAAGAUCUGCUGACAGAUGUUCCACCCUAUACCAGUGCUCAGUUCCAAUGUGCCCAGUCAUGACAUUUUCUCUGAGUUUUUACGGUGUAUUUUGAAGUCUUCCAUCAGCAGUGGUUGAAGUCUCUGUACCUGCCCCAUCAGCAUCUCGGUGCUCCCCUCACUGAAGUGAAUUUAUGGUAGCAGCCUCCGUGUGUGCUGUGGAUAUUGUGGCUUCAAAUCUAAAACGUUAAAACAGAUAAAAAACACCCAAGUGACUACCACUUAUUUCUAAAUCUCCACUAUUUUUCUGUUGCUAGUGUUGA